AUGGCCCAAAAAACUGAUCUCGAAGUACAGUCAGAACCUCAGCCUUCCGUUUCUACAAGCUUCAGGCCAGAAGAUAGAACGGAAUCUGAAGCGGCUUCUACUCAGCAUCAUGAUCCGGGUGCAAAUGGGCUGAAAACAGUCCACAUUCUGAAAGAGUGGCCUAUAAUUACCACAACCGUUAAGAAGGCUGAAGAAUUCUACGGGUCGCUGAAAACUUCUAAUCGAAUCUUCAGCUGGAGCUUCAAUCUCGCUGAGAAGUCCGUAUCCGCUCUCCGUGAAAGGUCGAAGAAGGUUCUGUCUACGUUCUACCCUGCCAUACGUAUAGCUGACCUGGCAGCCAGCGAGCUGGCGGAAGAAAUGCAAAAGAAGCUACCAGUGGUCAGGCAGCCACCUACUAAGGUAUCAGAGGCUGUAAAGUUAGCAUUCAGUGACCUAAUUUCUCCCGUCGUUGAUAAAAUUGAAUUUAUGGUAAACAACGGCAAGACGCGGACGCGUAACGCGACAAGAAGCGUCGUCCAGAUGUACAGGAAGCUGGUGGUCACUUUGGAUAAGUGGAUGGAAGAAAUGGAAAAAUACAUUGAAGAUACUAAAUCUAAAGGAGUACAAGCUCCACAGGUACAGGAGCAAACAUCAGUGACGGAACCACCGCAGAGCAACGCUCGCACUCUGACGAGAAAAGUUCUACAUGUCGCCACGAAUGUAACCCUGUUCUCCGUCGGCGCCACCGUCUGGGUGUUGUCCAGACUGCCUCUCAUCGGAGCAUAUCUGGACCAGACUCCCUCUCUCGCUUCAUCCAAAUCAACUUCGCCAGCAAGACAGGCGGAGCAGCAGUCUUCGCACUCAUCCUCCGAGCCAUCAGCAGCUUCUGCGUUAGCUACCACCGUUGUCGCUGCCCUAGAGUCCGCCGCCGCUGCCGCCGAAACCGUGAAGAAACAACUCCCCAGUCCGCCGGUUCCAGAGAGUCUGUCUUCCAAAGCGGAACAAUCUAAGGAAUAG